AUGUCUCUUUCAAUCCAGCUUCCUGCUAAGCUCGGUCCAUAUCACCCAGGCUCGCACGUCAACGGCACUAUCAACCUCACAUCGACCGAGUCCGUCCCUAUUGGCUCUCUAGUGAUCACUUUCACGGGCACAUCUCGCGUCACGCUGACCCAGAACUACGGCGACCUCAACGUGUCGAACACCGACUACCACUCGCGCGAGGUCCUCUUUCGACGUGAGAAGGUGUUGUAUACUGGCGGGAAAUGGACGCACAGAGCCGGGGUGUAUGGUUGGCCAUUCGAGUUCAGAGUGCCUGAACACACCGAUGAUAGAGCGAUAUCGAAGUGCCCAGCAGUUCAACGGACUGUCCAAGGCAUGCAAAGGCACGGCCUCCCGCCGACUAUGCUGUAUAGCUGCAGGGGUUUCGCUUGUCUGGUCGAAUAUGUCCUAGAAGCGACGUUGAAGCCACCGGAAAGCCCUCCAACUGCCACAGGGGGCAAAAGCAUCACAGCAAAACAUGCGAUCAGAGUCCUGCCCCUGACCGUCACAAGGAUGGCUGCGAGUCAAAAUUCAUCCAGCAGGGCAGACGAUCAAUCUUACGUCCGCCAUCAGCAAGCUUUCAAGAUCCCCCAGCAGAAGACCGCGGUCUCCCAACAAAACCCAAUGUCCCGGAUUCUGAAGUUUUCAAAGUUGCACCGUGACGGUCACAAAGAGGAUUCGGCGGCUGCGGCAUCCUCGCUUAGUAUCUGUGUCCUCUUACCACGGAGAAUCGAGGUCACAGAAGACUAUUCGAGGAUGAGCAUAUUGUUUUCCGGCCGAUUUAUGAGCAACUCGGGCACGUGUGCAACAACCAGUAUACAUAACCUGCCUCCGUCUGUUGCGACCGCACUCACAAUAAAGAGUCUGAAAAUCGCAAUCAUUCAACACACUCACGUUCAAGCCGGAUGUCACCCGUCGACUUCCACCCGCAAGACGUAUACGCGGAAGACAACAUGCUCAUUGCCACUCCCAGUCUCCCAUAGUGAGACGCUACCCUCUAGCACCAGCAGGGCUCGUGCGGUGGACACAGCAGCACACAGAGAGGUCGAUCUCGCCGAGAUGACUCAACUGCGUAUACCAAGGGAGAGUCUGGUCCUGGAUUUCGCGACACAUAACUCUGCCAUUGAACAUACUGUGACCUUGGAGAUUGGGAUCGAAUACGAAGGUAGAAACUUCAGGUUUGCGUGCCAGGAUGUGAAGAUUGCAGUGGUACCCGCUAGUAGUACACCGGAGGAAACUCGUCUUCAGGUAGAGAAUUCGGGAAUCCAGAGGCAGGGUGAGUAUGAGACCUCGAGGGGCGGAACCGAGAGCGUUAUGGCCCCAGCUUUCAACCAGGAAGACCGCAACGUGGAAACAGAGGCCAGAUGUCGCAGUCAAGGGACCGGUGACUGGGUCAUCCCGCCACCGGAGGUGAGCACGACAGGCCUUCACUCCCGCAGCGAAAGGGAUGCGUUCUUCUCGCAACCGCCGCCAAGGUAUACGCCGCGGACUUGA